CUGACAUGGCAGUCGCGCGGGUCCGCGCGUUCGCCGCGCGCCGGCCGUUAAUAGGCAUGCUCCUUGAGCGCCCCGCACGAACAUGGCGGCCGUCUUCGCUGGGGUGACUUUAACUCUCGGUUUUCGGUUAUAGCCGGCCGGCGCUCACUUGUCUUCAGGAAGCUCGGAGCCUUUGCUGGAGCCGGGGAGAGGAAGGGUGGGUGCAAGAGUGAAAGGCGAGAGGGGACUGCAGGCAUCCGGGUCGGCUCCUGGCCAGAGCAAGAUGGCUGAGGGCGAGCGGCAGCCGCCGCCAGGCUGGAGUGCAGUGGAAUAGUCCAGCUCACUGCAACCUCUGCUUCCCCAGUUCAAGCGAUUCUCCUGCUUCAGCCUCCCAAGUAGCUGGGAUUACAGAUUCUUCGGAGGAGGCCCCUCCAGCCACUCAGAACUUCAUCAUUCCAAAAAAGGAGAUCCACACAGUUCCAGACAUGGGCAAAUGGAAGCGUUCUCAGGCAUACGCUGACUACAUCGGAUUCAUCCUUACUCUCAAUGAAGGUGUGAAGGGGAAGAAGCUGACCUUCGAGUACAGAGUCUCCGAGGCCAUUGAGAAACUAGUCGCUCUUCUCAACACGCUGGACAGGUGGAUUGAUGAGACUCCUCCAGUGGACCAGCCCUCUCGGUUUGGGAAUAAGGCAUACAGGACCUGGUAUGCCAAACUUGAUGAGGAAGCAGAAAACUUGGUGGCCACAGUGGUCCCCACCCAUCUGGCAGCUGCUGUGCCUGAGGUGGCUGUUUACCUAAAGGAGUCAGUGGGGAACUCCACGCGCAUUGACUACGGCACAGGGCAUGAGGCAGCCUUCGCUGCUUUCCUCUGCUGUCUCUGCAAGAUUGGGGUGCUCCGGGUGGAUGACCAAAUAGCUAUUGUCUUCAAGGUGUUCAAUCGGUACCUUGAAGUUAUGCGGAAACUCCAGAAAACAUACAGGAUGGAGCCAGCCGGCAGCCAGGGAGUGUGGGGUCUGGAUGACUUCCAGUUUCUUCCCUUCAUCUGGGGCAGUUCGCAGCUGAUAGACCACCCAUACCUGGAGCCCAGACACUUUGUGGAUGAGAAGGCCGUGAAUGAGAAUCACAAGGACUACAUGUUCCUGGAGUGUAUCCUGUUUAUUACCGAGAUGAAGACUGGCCCAUUUGCAGAGCACUCUAACCAGCUGUGGAACAUCAGCGCCGUCCCUUCCUGGUCCAAAGUGAACCAGGGUCUCAUCCGCAUGUAUAAGGCCGAGGUGAGUGGGGGCUGGCCAGCGUGCCCGUCCCUGCUGCUGCACUUGGUCCUGGGCUGGGAACAAAGCAAAAGAUGUGGAGCCUGGGGCUUCUGCUUCCUCCUACUCCACUGUUUUGCUCUGAAUCUUAGGCCAGCCUCUCUGACACUUGGGGCCUCGGAAUCUCCCAUCUGGGGCAUGGGCAGUCAGAGAAGCACCAGCCACCCCAGCCCUGAAAAGCUGCAGCCCAGCUCUGUCCUGAUGAGCUUGGAGGCUGAGGCAAGGACCUGCUGCUUGGGAAGUUGGGGCGAUGGGGGCCUCCCUUCUCCCUCAUCAAGUGGCCGAAGGCUCCUCGAGGCUCGGGUAAUCUGAGUCUGGCUCUCCCAUGGCGUACCUAGGAAGCGUCUUACCCUUUGGAGGCAUCUCCAAAGUGCUGCCUUCAAAUGUUAGUGUGUAUGAUCACUGAGUGGUGGGAGGUCUGAGGGUAGGCCGGGAAUUGGCAUUAUGGACCACUUCAGGGAUUUUGAUGCAAAUGGUUUUCCCUGCUCUCAAAUGAGAUGCUGAGGAGAGGAGAGCUGAGGUUUCCUGGAGCUCCCCCUGCUGGCAGGCAGCCGAGGGUGUCUCCUGCCCUCUUGGCACUGUUCUCCCAGCCAAGGAGGUGGCCUUUUCUCUCUUCCAAGUGGGGAGGAGACAUUUUAUUUCUACUCUGUCCCUUCUGCUAGCUCCUCCCACUUCCUGGGAAGACUAAUUCUAGAACUGCUUGACCUUGGCCAGGGAAGGGCUGUAUGUGAAGUUCCACACCUGGAGUGAUGGAUCCCUAAAGUCUCUUCUUUGUGUUCUCAGGCUGGCCCUGAGACUGGCCCUGAGUUCAUGGCCUCAGACACUGUACUGUGGGCACCAUCUCUUGACUCCUGGCUGGCCUUCUCUUCUGGGAAGGGGCUGCUCCAGGUCUUCAUUGGACCCAGAGCUUCCUGGAUCCCAUCAGCAGAGGUGGGACAACGGGGAAGGGCGCCAGAGGCCAGCGGGGUGGGGGAGCACAGAUGCUUCCAGUUGGCUUGACUCCCUGCACUCGGUCCUGAAGGGGUUAACAAGGCUUGAACUGAGCAGACCGGGCCCUCUCUCCCUUCCGCCCCCUCCCCCUUUGGUCCCCUUCUUCUGGACCUCACAUCCUGUGUUUAGGUUCCAGCCCACAUACCUCUCUAAUCUGAGAGGCCUGAGAGCCUGUUGGCUGGAGCUGCCUAGGCUCCUUCCGGCUGCAGCUGGCCACCCCCGGCUCUCCACUCCGACUCUGCCCUGGGUCACUGCCCUCUGGUGUCUUGAUGUUCCUGACCCCACCCCCGCAUGUCCCACAGUGGGAGCUGCUGGGGAACUCUCACUCUGCUGUGCUCCCCGCCCCCAGGGUGUCUGAGCAUGUGAGAGGUGCACAGCGCUCUCCAGCCACCUCCCAACCCCAACCCUUGUGUGCCAAAGAGAGGACUCUGGCUGCCUUCCCUGCUUGGUACCUGAAGUACUGUCUUCUCUACAAGCCUCUUAAUUCAAGUGACUCUAAACUUCUCUUGACUUAGGCUCUAAGGCCCAAAGGAUAGGGCAAGAGACCCUGUCCCCUUCUCUCACUUGCCCUUCCAGAGACAAAAGAACUCCAGGCUGCCAGAGGAUGAGGGAGGAGCAUAUUCGGAUUGAAAAUGGUGAUGGUGUGGCAGGAACACAGGGACUGUCUGCUCUGCACAGGCUGUCGGGGUCUCCGUUGGGGCUGAGCACAGGGUGGCAAACACAAGGAGGACACUGAAAAUGACCACCUCAGGAUGGGGGAGCUCUGUAGUAAUCACAAAGUGGCCUUCCUGAAAACGGGAGAUUCUAGCCCUGGGUGUGGCCAGCGCUGUGUGGGGAAGGGGACAGGCUCCUGUAUAGGGUGACGCUGGAACUCCCUGACUUUAAGAUCACCAAGUCAGGCCGAGCGCGGUGGCUCACGCCUGUAAUCCCAGCACUUUGGGAGGCCAAGGUGGGCGGAUCACGAGGUCAGGAGAUCGAGACCAUCCUGGCUAACACAGUGAAACCCCGUCUCUACUAAAAAUAUAAAAAAAUUAGCCAGGUGUGGUGGCGGGCGCCUGUAGUCCCAGCUACUCGGGAGGCAGAGGCAGGAGAAUGGCGUGAGCCCGGGAGGUGGAGCUUGCAGUGAGCUGAGAUGGUGUCACUGCACUCCAGCCUGGGCGACAGAGCGAGACUCUCUCAAAAAAAAAAAAAAAAAAAAAAAAAAAAAAUCACCAAGUCUUCGCCUGUAAUCCCAGCACUUUGGGAGGCUGAGGUGGGCAGAUCACUUGAGGCCAGGAGUUCGAGACCAACCUGGGCAACAUGGUGAAACCCCGUCUCUAUUAAAAAUAUAAAAAUUAGCUGGGUGUGGUGGCUCAUGCCUGUGGUCCCAGCUACUUGGGAGGCUGAGAUGGGAGAAUCGCUUGAACCUGGUAGGCGGAGGUUGCAGUGAGUUGAGAUCACACCACUGCACUCCAGCCUGGGCAACAGAGUGAGACUCCGUCUCAAAGAAAAAAAAAAAUCACUGGUUGUGUGCAGUGGCUCAUGCCUAUAAUCCCAGCACUUUGGGAGGCCAAGGCAGGUCGAUCACCUGAGGUCAGGAGUUUGUGACCAGCCUGGCCAACAUGGUGAAACACCAUGUCUACUAAAAAUACAAAAAUUAGCCUGGCAUUGUGGUGCACACUUGUAAUUCCAGCUACUCAGGAGGCUGAGGCAGGACAAUCACUUGAAUUUAGGAGGUGGAGGUUGCAGUGAGCCGAGAUCAUGCCACUGCACUCCAGCCUGGGCAACAGAGCAAGACUCCGUCUCGGGGGAAAAAAAAAAAAAAGAUCACCAAGUCUUUGCAGUGUUCAGUGCUCAUUGACAACUUACUAGCAAAUAGCCCUUAGUCCUUGGUCCCGAAGGGCCCAUGGGCUGGCAUGUUGCCUGCACAGAGGUCCAAGGAGAGGGCUUGUUUUCACAGGCCAGUUCUUAGCACCUACGGAGGCCCUCCAAGGCCUGCCAGUCUUGCAGUCCAGGGGUGGGUAGGAAGGCUGGGUCUCCAGUCAGAACUGGUUGAUUGAGGGGAGUCGGCCUCCUGGGCUGCCACAGAAGUCUGACCAGCCUGGCAGUAGGUGGCCUCAGGAUUUGGGUCUAAUGCUGCAUCUGUCCCAGCCUUUCUGACCAAAGAACCAAGUGCUCUCAGGGGCCUUGUGUGGUUGAGGGGGCCUGUCUUUCCUGUGGGCCAUGCUUGUGCGAGUGCUGCCUUCAGAAGGACCUUGUCAGGACCCAGGGAGUCCCUUCCCCAGCUUGAAUCACCUCUGGCUGGAAGGUCAGGGGGCAGUCUGAAGCCGCUGCUCCGCCCAGGUACAUGGGAGGGCCUUGCUGGGAGAAAGGCCGGGCUGGAGGCCCUUCCUGCCCUGGAGCCUUAGGCUUCCUUGGCCCAGCUCCCAUGGCUCUGAGGGGGCUGGCUCUGGGGUCCUGUGGGCAGAAUGGGAAGAACCCCUGCCUCCACCCCUUCUCGCCCUGCAACUUCUCCUAUGGGAGCUAGAGGGAGGUUGACCUUUGACCCUUUCUGGAAUUCCAGGGCCCUUGGGGGGUGGGGGGGCUCUUAUGACCAUUUCCGGGAUGACAUAAGCACCAUGGCAGCUGCCUUGGCCUCUGGCCUGGAUCUGCGGCUGCUCCCCCUCCCGCCCCCUGCUCCCCGCAUUCUGUGCCUCAGGCCCAGGAUCCUGGCUGUGGCCAGGGCUCUGCUCCCCACCCCACCAUGAGCUUGGUUUCCAUCCUUCUUUCCCUCCCCUCCUGGUGCCUCUUUGGCCCACUCGUCAUCCCGGUGCUUCUCCCUCCUAUGUUCCACAGCUGAUUUUUGAGGAGAGGGAACCUGGGCCAGUCAUAGCACCCCUUUGUCUCUAAGUUAGUUGGAGGUUGAGAUCAUAGCCACAGAGGCGCUUACUUUCUCUGAGGCCGUAAGUCUUGUUCCACCCCAGCCAGGAGGUGCCUAACAUACUCUGAUUGUUUCCUGUGGCCAAAGGUGUGGGAGGAGGCCCUGGUCAGUCUUGGCAGAUCCAACCCUCGCAUGCCCGGAGCGGUUCCUGUGAGAGCUGGUGUCCAGGUGUGGCGGGCAUGAGGGUGCUGUUGCGGGAACUGCAGCUGGAAGCUGGGGUCGGCUGCCUGUGGGCCAGGCCAGCUUCUGUGAUAGGCCCUGUCACUUGCUCUCCAGCUCUGCUCCUCUGCUAGGAGCCCGGGCUGGGCUGGGCUCAGGGAGUCGGGCCUCCCCCCUGCUCAGCCAUUCCCCUGUUCAGCGCUCUUUUUCCCCUGCCCCCCACACAGGCUGCUGGGAAUUGUCCAGGAUUGGGGGGAACUCAAUGUCAGCUGGUUCUUAUUGUCUCACUCUGAAGUGCCAAGAUGUCUUUUUCAGUCCAGAGAACUGAAAGCUGGAGAAAACAGGCUUUGGGGCCUGGCCUCAGCCUCUUAGGCUUAUGUUCAAAUGUCCCCACGUCUCUUCUCUUGAACUGGGACCUGGGCUGGGGGGACCCCAGUGAUUAGGAGGGUUCUUUCCACCUCAGGUUCCCAACUUCCCUCUCUGGGCCAAGUGAUGUCACCUGGGCUGCCUCUCUUGUCCGUUUCUACCUUGUAGGUUUGGGCUGCCUUUUUUUUCUCUCUCUCUCUCUCAUGGGUCUCGUUGUGGAGUGGGUGUCUUUGGAUAGAAGGAGUGAGGAACUGGGGGAGGAAGGCCUGGGGGAUCCCCUGGCGGGGCUACUUCCUGGGCCCAGGAUGGACACCUGGGAGCUGCUGCGGUUGUUGGGGUCCCGGCAGGGGUGUGGUGUGGCCCUCACCACUCUGCUCACCUGCUCCUUCC